CUAUGUUUCUGUUAACCCUUUCCUUGACUGGGUUACAGGUGCAUAGCAUCAGUGACAGACACAGGAUAUUACACCUUCUGAAGAAUAACUUGACACUAAGUUUCUGCACCAACACGUGUUUUCCUGAAAGCAUUAAUGUGCUCAGUUUGAUCAACAGGAUGGACAACUAAAAGUGAAGCCCCCGCCUCUUUUACGUUGAGAGCAGCCCUACUGGAGCUCAGUCCAGUUACCGAUGUUGCAGAGCUUCAGUCACACGCACCAUGAACAACUUCACCUUGAGAACAGCUUUACUUUUCUGCAGCUUCAGCUGGAUCUCUGUCUCAGCUUCUGAGUCUCACACUGUGGAGGUCCAGUCUGGUGGAGACGUCACUCUGAUGUGCUCCAACAUGUCAUCUGUAUCAUCUGUGGCGUUCUGGUUCAGACUGGUAAAUGUAUCCAAUGUCAGCUGUGUGUCUGUUAUGUUCAACGCUGACACAGCAGAAUACUGUGAGGGAUUUAGAAAUGGAAGAUUCAACAUGAGUACCAACAUCUCCACUCUCUUUCUCCAAAUCAAACAUGUGGAUGUAUCUGACUCUGGACUGUAUUUCUGUGGAUUUUACACCUAUGGGAAUCUACUUUUAAAUGUUGAAGGCAGCGAUGAGUCCCAUAAUGACGUGGAAAACAAGUGCAAAACUUGUGCAGAACAGAGCUGUGAUCAUACGCACCACGAUGAAACGGAGCCUGAUAACAGCUUUAAUUCUCUGCAGCAUCAGCUGGAUCUCUGUCUCACGUUCUGAGUCUCACACUGAGACUGUGGAGGGUCGGCCGGGUGGAGAAGUCACACUCACAUGCUCUAACCCGUCAAUCCGAGUCCCUCCAACACUCUGGUUGAGAGUGGUCAACAGAACCAAGGCCAGCUGGAUCUCCACGAUGACCAGGUCUACAGGAACACCUUUAUACAGUGAUGUAAAUCAAAAUGGAAGAUUCAACAUGAGUACCAACAUCUCCACUCUCUUUCUCCAAAUCAAACAAGUGGAUGUAUCUGACUCUGGACUGUAUUUAUGUGGAUUUUACAUUGAAGGACGUUAUGAUUUCAGCGCGAUACACUUCAAUGUUAAAGACAGUGAUGAUUCUCAUGACGACACCAACAGGAAGUCUGAAAACAGCGAUGAAUCUCAUGAUGACGACGACAGGAAGUCUGAAACAGAGUCUGAUGGAACAGCAAAGCUGAUGAGUUUGAUCCUGGGAGCUCUGACUGUUCUCCUCUUAAUGGUCAACAUUGGUCUGGUUGUUAAAAACAGGAAACUUCAGAAAGCUGCCAAUGAAGAACAGAAUCCACAACAGCCUGAGAAUCUGGACUCUGACCUGAAAGAUGCAGCACUGAGUUUGUAUGCAGCAACAAUAAGGAAGAGGAGGCCUGCAUCAGAGAGAGAAGUGGAGACUCAUGCUGUUUAUGCUGUCUGCAGAUAGACUCAGAGUGGAACUGAUGCUUUAUCAUAUUCAUCUCCUGCUGUCUUCUUUUGUGGGUGAAUGGGGAGGAGUUCACCUUUUUUUUAAAAAAAAAAGAGUAAAA